GCACCCCCAAGUAGAAUGAAACUAAAACCACACCGAGUCUUGUCUCGACAACAUUUCUGAAGAAGCGAAACCGGAUGCCCAGCCAACACGGAAUUUCGAAGUGGCAGACUGACAACGGAGGUUGGCGCGAACAAUUUUCUGAUUUUGGGAAGUUGUUGCGAAAGAUAAUACACGAACACCUACAGGAUGGGUACCGAUCAACAUGGUAAGAAAGUCCAAUGCGUACUUUGUCAAACGUCCGAGGAAAAUCGGACAACUGGACCGCUAUCAACGAAAGGUUCUGUCACCGCUCAUCAGAACUGCUUGCUGUAUUCCUCAGGGAUUAUUUGCCAGAAUUCGCCAGAGUUUGACGACUUGUUUGGUUUCUCUGUGGAAGACGUCCUUAUCGAGUUGAAAAGGGGAAACAGACUGAUUUGUUACAGAUGUAAGAAGAAGGGUGCCACGGUGGGAUGUGAGGUGAAACGUUGUAAGAAGUCCUACCACUACCCCUGCGCUGUGCGAGAUGGGGCCCAAAACUUCGAUGACCAUAGAGAAGAGAAGUUUACGUUGUACUGUCAGAAGCAUAAUCUGGAGAUAGCAGCAACCAAUGAAACAGUGAGUAGAGCUUUGUCUUUCAACGGUGAUUCAGACACAGCGAUGAACAACAAUGGAGAAAUGUCACCCAAGUUGUUUUGUCUGGUCUGUGAGAGGAAAGAGGAAAGCCUCAGUCUAGAACACAUGGAUAGUGGCAUUGACAAGUUGUAUUGUGAAAAGCAUAAACCACAGUCAUUGCAGAAAGAGCUGAAAGGACUUGAUGCAGUGGCAGGACCCUCAUCUUCCCAUAGUGACUCCAACAUGUCUACUAAACGACGGCAGAAACAAACACCCAAGAGACGGUUGAGCUCCUCUAGCACGUUAAAUUGUGAAAAGGAUGAACCACAGUCAUUGCAGAAAGAGCUGAAAGGACUUGAUGCAGUGGCAGGACCCUCAUCUUCCCAUAGUGACUCCAACAUGUCUACUAAACGACGGCAGAAACAAACACCCAAGAGACGGUUGAGCUCCUCUAGCACACCGGAAGUGAAAUCAUCAAAAAAGUCCAGAAAGGGAAGCAAGAGUAUUCAGGACGAUUUCUCAAACUCAGACGGAGAUGUGAAUGGAAUUGACAUGGAGUUAGCCCCUUUGGAGUCUGAUCUAGAAGACGGUGUGUUCUCUGAACACAGAAAUCAUGCUGAGGCUCUCACCACAGGAUGUCAGCCAGAACCUGAAAACAGAGACGAUAGCGAUGGGGACCAUACAGUCAUAGACUCAGUGAGUUACACAACUCUGACUAUUCUUGUCCAACACUUCCUGUGGCAUUACUGUGUCUCUAUCCUGGUCCUAAACUAUUGGUUUGAUCAUUACCGUGUCUCUAUCCUGGUCCUAAACCAUUGGUUUGAUCAUUACCGUGUCUCUAUCCUGGUCCUAAACCAUUGGUUUGAUCAUUACCGUGUCUCUAUCCUGGUCCUAAACCAUUGGUUUGAUCAUUACCGUGUCUCUAUCCUGGUCCUAAACCAUUGGUUUGAUCAUUACUGUAUCUCUAUAUUGGAUGCUGAGUCUCAGAGUCUGUUGCUGCCUGUGAUGCUGUGUGUGGCGUCUGAAGAACCCUCUCAGGACACAAACAUCUCAGUGUGCAGUUCUCAGCCGUGUUCUGCGGCUAGUCCUGGUUCACCUGUCCUCUCUGGUCGACAUGGCAGCUCUCUCACACUUGGUCCCAUAUCAUCCGUCCACUCUGGUCCACUCAAUGUCACCAACACACCUACUCGUACCAGUCCACCAGUCUCACCCGUCCCCCCUGAUUGCUGUUUCACCCCUGUCUCCUCUCCACACUCUGUCUCCAAUCGUCCUCCGGCUGGGCCCGGAGGCCUGGGUUCACCUAUUGCUUCUGGCUCUGACUCUGCAGCCAGCAGAGUGUUCUGGGGAAGGUGUAACGAAGCAGGCUGUACACAGUCCAUCUUCACCACCUUCUUCUCUGACAUGGUCAGCAUCUCCAAUAGGAUCCUGUCGGAUAAGGCCAGUCAGGAGGAUUAUGAUCUCUCUCUGAGAGUGAUGGAGGCUUCUGGAAAAUUAUCACAGAUGCUCUCAGAGCAGGAGAGAGAGUUUAAGAAGAAGCAAAUGGAGUUACAGAGAGCUACGGCAGCCAUAAGGGAUGCCAGGUCAGCCCUGAAGAGAUAAGCAGCCCUGCCAGAUCAACUACAACCCCCAUAAACCACCUUCCCCCAUUCAGUUCAUUGGCAUCACAAGAUUUUAUGGGGUGCAUUUUGCAGCCAUAUUGAGAAUUUGAUUUCACAAUAGUUUUCACGUAGUUCCACUUUCUUACCUUGUCAAUAUUAUAAUCCCCCCCAAAAAAGUACUGUUGUUGUUUAUACUGUAUGUUCAACCUCCGAGACCGAGAACCAAUUAUGAAACAAGAGGCUGCCAUUUUGCUUGCUAGUAACAAAAGGAUGUUUUAACUUUAAACAAUAUAUAUUUUUAUAUAAAUAGGUCCCAAAAAGUGUUGCUAUUGUGUUGAUAGCAAGUAUACUAAACAUUAAGAACACCUUCUCUUUCCAUGACAGACUGACCAGGUGAAAUCUAUAAUCCCUUAUAUAUGUCACUUGUUAAAUCCACUUCAAUCCGUGUAGAUGAAGGGGAGGAGACAGGUUACAGAAGGAUGUUUUAGCCUUGUGACAUGGAUUGUGUAUGUGUGCCAUUCAGAGGGUGAAUGGACAUGACAAACGAUUUAAGUCCCUUUAAACGGGUAUGGUAGUAGGUGCCAAUCAUACUGGUUUGUGUCAAGAACUGCAGCACUGCUGGGUUUUUCACACUCAACAGUUUCCCGUGUGUAUCAAGAAUGGUCAACCACCAAAAGGACAGCCAGCUUUACACUACUAUGGAGUCAACAUGGGCCAACAUCCCUGUGAAACUCCUUCGACACCUUGUAGAGUCCAUGCCCUGAUGAAUUGAGGCUGUUCUGAGAGCAAUGGGGGGAUGCAACUCAAUAUUAAGGUGUUCCAAAUGUUUAGUAUACUCAGUGUAUAUUUGUAUGUGAAAUCGUUGCAUUGCGUAGUACCUCAAAGCAUUCAUUUUCAUAUCCCGGACUGAAAUGUUUAACGUCUUCUGUACUUAGAACUUCUUAUAAUCUACAUGAUUAGGGUUCAGAGUUAUUCCUAAAUCAUAUGGGUAGGAACAACUUGCAUGUGUCUAAUUGCUCAUGCACUUUUCUUUUAACUGCACUGUUACAUGUUUGCACACUUUUUAUUCAUUCAGUAAUAAAUGAAGAACCAAACUUGUC